AUGAUGUACAAACCACUCCUUAGCGUGUUACUCUUCCUCUCGGCCUUUGGCGCUGCCUCACAGCCUCGACAUGCGCACCUACACAACAAAGUCGGCGCACGCAGCUUGGAGUUGGCUCGUGAUGGCGGAAAGGCAGUACACCAGGGCUUCAAGACCGUUGGAUAUUACGUGAACUGGGCCAUCUACGGCCGCAACUGGCCACCAGCCAACAUCCAAGCAACAGACCUAACACACCUUCUCUACGCCUUCGCCGGCAUCAACAACAAAACCGGCGCCAUCUACCUCGCCGACGAAUUCGCCGACAUCCAGAAGGCCUACCCCGGCGACGACACUAACGCCACCGGUACCAACAUGUACGGCAACCUCAAGCAAAUCUACAACCUCAAGAAGACUCACCGAAACAUGAAAACCAUCCUCUCAAUCGGCGGCUGGAACAUCCGCACCUACUUCGCUCCAGCCCUCGCAGACGCCACAGGCCGCGCGACAUUUGCAAAGACCAGUGUCCGCAUGCUGGCGGAUCUGGGCUUUGAUGGCUUGGACAUUGAUUGGGAGUAUCCCAACUCGACGAAAGAAGCGGCCGAUCUGGUCGAUACCUGUCGUCUCUUCCGCGAGGAACUGGAUGCCUACUCCCUCAACGCCACAGGCGGCCAGUACCAUUUCCUGCUGACAUUGGCGGUCCCUGCUGGCCCGGAUCACUUCAAGUUCUUUGAUGUGCCGGGGUUGGCGCCGUAUGUGGAUUUCAUUAAUCUCAUGGGGUAUGAUUUCCAGGGAUCCUUCUCGAAUUAUAGUGGACAUAAUGCGAAUAUGUACAAGUCGCAAACAAACCCUCGAUCGACGGAUUUUGACGCGCAGACGGCGAUUGACUACUACAUCAACUCGGGAUGGCCGAGAGAGAAGUUCAACCUCGGGAUGCCGCUCUACGGCCGGUCUUUCGCCAACACAUCCGGUCCAGGAACCAACUUCACAGCCGCCACGGACGGAAGCUGGGAGAACGGUGCAUGGGACUACAAGGUCCUGCCCCUCAACGGCUCCCUCGUCAGCCCCGUCUACCACGACGACAAAAUCGUCGCAUCCUGGUGCUACAACAACGCUACCCGCUACAUGGUCUCCUACGACGACCCUGCCAUUGCGAAGACAAAGGCGCAGUACAUCAACGCACAUAAGCUUGGCGGUGCUAUGUGGUGGGAAACUUCCGGUGAUCGUCCCCUCAAUGACUCGAGAAGUCUUAUCAGGACGGUUAAGGAGGAGUUCGAUCAGUGCGGUGGGCUGGAGCAGUGUGAGAAUUGGUUGCAGUUUCCGCAGAGUAAGUAUGAGAAUUUGAGGGCGGGGAUGCUGUAG